AUGCAUUUCUCAUAAUAAAACUCUAUUGAAAAUGAUAAUCGUAUAAAAUAACUCUAGAAAAAGAGGGAAGCAAUUUAAAAAUAAACUGAAAUGAGACGAAAAGAGAUAGAAUAAUAUUCUGAUUUAGACUAUGAGUAUCAAAUUAGUAUUAUAUUAUAGAAAAAUCUAAAAAGAAAAUGAAAUUCUCAUUUAAGAUAAAUACAACGUAGAGUAAAGAGCUGCUAAAUUACAAGAAGUUUAGAAUGCACUUAAACUUAGUGUAAUGAAAUAGUAAUUAUUAUUCCAAUAUUAUUAUAGAGUUGGAAAAAUAUAAGUAUCUGCUGAGGCUUUAUGCAAACAUAAACAAAAUAUAUAUGAACAUAUGGUAAGACAUAAAUCAAAAGAAGCAGAUUUAUUUUUAUUAGUUACAAACACAAAACCUAAAGAUUACUUUUAAGUUUUAGAAGAUAAUCUGAAUUAAGGACCUUUAGUGUAAGAAAAAGAGAAAGAAAUGGAAGCAUUAAAAUUGCAAAAUGAAAUCUUAAAAAAUGAAUUAGAAAUACAUAAAAAUUAACAAUAAUACAUUCGAGAAUUCUCUAAUAAUCCUCAUAUAGACUAAGAUAUCAUAAAAAACAUGGUUAAUGAAAAUUAGUUUAAUAGAAUCAACACAAGUAAACAUGAGAAAAGCAAUAGUUAAUUGAGUAUGGAAACUAAAUAAAUAAUGGACUUUUAUAAUGAAAAAUAAUAGGCUUUUUCAAUGAACAAGGAAUAAUUACAAUUCGGUUGA